AUGAACUCUGUCAAGCCAGAAUCGGGUUUCAAGACAAAUCCAGGAGCUCAAGCAAACCGCAAUAUGGCCCCGGGUCCUCUGUCGAAAACCCCGGACAAAGGAGUGAAUCUAGCGGGGAGAUCCGAUAGCCGCCCAGCUCUGAAAGAGAAAACCACAAACUUGCCGCUUGUCUCGGUAGGAUCCAAAGAGGUCGAGAGUCUAAAGAAAGGAGCCAUCUCUCAGUUUUUUCAGUUGCCCGAGGGGGGCAAAACAUGGCCUCGAUCGCGGUCUCCUUUGCCAGAAAAUAAACAGCACAUCAAAACUGAGGAUACUGCAGUUCUGAGCUUUGAGUUCAAAAAGGAUACCGCCGUUGUUGGCAAGAAAAACAGUGUGUCAAACCCUGUCGAGGAUUCUCCCAGUAUCAAGCGGCGUAAACCUGACAAAAACAGCGGCGACAGUUUGCAAGACCCAAAGCUGAAUCUGCCCCUCAUCCUUCCAGCUGCGAAAAGCUCUCGUACGUCAGAUCCGGAUACUCCAAACGUACAGGCCGCCCGUAAAUUACCCUCCAACCCUGGGGCAUACCAGCCCAUGUGCUCGGCCUUGUACGAGUCUGAUCCAAAAACAGAGAACCAGGAGUAUUACGAUGAGGCCUUUCGCGAAGUCAAGGACGAGACCGAGAGAAUUUCUUGCGUUGAGUUUGCCAGGAUGGAUUUGCAGACGUGGACUUCAAGCGGGGAGAAAUUGCAGCAAGAGCACCACGCCAUCUUGGCAAGAUUGGUCGAAGCCCGUAUGCGUUUAAGCGAGAAGUUCAAGGUUAUUACUGAUUUAGUCAAUGAACGCGCAUUGGCACUCAAUGCGCAGGGCCGACUAUUAGACCAAAAACUUCGGCGUAUUCAAGAUCUAGGGAAAGAAAUCUUGGACAUAAUCUGA